AUGGCAGCUGUUGAGGAUAACAUGGCGGGAACUAAGGACCAAGUUCAGCUCGAUGACGCCAUCUUCUUCAAAACAAUCGCUUCCGGUUGUUUGUCAGAGAUUCUCAAACUUUUGAGACUGUGUGAUUACAAAACUAAUAAUUUCUCGAACCACACCCUGGACUGGGCUGUUUUUGAGGCUUGUAAUAAACGCAACAAAAAAUUACUCCAGUUCCUUCUGGAAGAUGGCUCGCGACUGGAACUUAGAGACGACAACGAAAACACUCCUCUUUUGAUUUGCUCCGCGAAAGGAUUUUUACGAAUUGUGGGUAGACUCUUGAGGCUGGGGGCUGACGUCAAUGCUAAAAAUAACAACGGGGAUACUGCUCUGAUGCUGGCUACAUCAAGGGAAGUAAUUCAGUGUUUACUACAAGACAGCCGUAUACAUCUAGAUGAACAAAACUCGACUGGAAACACUGCUCUAAUGUCAGCCAUCGAGGCAUUUCAUUUCCAGAAGGUAAAAUUGCUGAUCAGUGCUGGUGCUAACCCAAACCAACGAGCCGAGAAACACUCAAAGAGUGGUUUGAUUUCGUUGGAUGGUGCUCUUGUGAACAAUUCAAAUGAAUGUGCUUUUGAUGUGGCCAAAAGAAAGGGCUUCAGUAAACUGCUGGAGUUGCUGUAUCGUGCUAAAUUAGAAAACUUCGUGCUUUUCAAAGGAUUCUACAAAGUGGCUGAAAUUCUUUGUGCCCAUGGUGCUAAGGUCACUCACGACCAGCUGGUGCACGUUCUUUAUUGGGAUCACAUCCAGAUGAUUCCACUUCUGAUAAAGCACGGGGCACCUGUCAAUCGCUAUGAUCAACGUGGCCGCUGGAUUUACGACGGUUCGGCUCUGGAUAUAGCUUUGGAAAAGUCUUUAAUAAAUACAGCCAGCCUCCUUUUGUACCACGGUGCUGCUCUCGUCCCUGUGUGGGCAGUCUUUAAAGCUUUGAGGAGCAAGAACUUAAUGACGGUCAACUUCCUCAUGAAGGAGUGUGUUGAAGUUAGCAAACCAGAAACAUUGAUACGAGCUGUCGAGUUAGGAAACAUUGAGCUCAUCCAGCUUCUGCUAGACGCAGGGGCGGACAUUGAUGGGGUCCACGACAAUAAGACUCCUUUAAUGAGCACUAUCCACAUAGAAGUUAUCAACUUUUUAUUAAGCAAAGGAGCCAAUGUCAACUUGAAAACUAACACAACACCUUUGAUCAACGCAAUCUCUUGGGAUUAUUCAUCCGUUCAAAAAAGACUUAAUCCCAAAGAGAUGGAGGAACAAUUGUUACUUAUUAUAGAAACCUUUCUAAAGAACAGUGCGAUUUUAGAAGACACAGAUGAGUAUGGAUGUACGGCGUUGAUAGCAUCUGUUCAAAGUAGCCUUGGCGUAGCGGUUCUCAAAUAUUUGGUUGAAAAUGGAGCAGACGUGAACAGAAGAAACAAAAAUGGUUGGACAGCGCUGCACAUUGCAGUUAUGACGAAACAAUUUGAUUGUGCGGAGACUCUCUUGAAAUACGGGGCUGACUUGAACCUGAACUGUUAUGUGACAGCUAAUUCAGGUCAAGAUGACAUUCGAGAGAAGUCUGCUUUGUCUAUAGUACUUGACCAAUGGUUCCCCAGUGAAAAAGUCCAACAAAUGGCUUCAAUUCUAAUAGACCAAGGCGCUAGUACAGAAUUAGUCAGACGAGACAUCAUUCAUCGACUUAUCGCUGCUGGGUUUGACCAUCCCAUCUCACCAAUCUUAAGGUCUUCUAUUGUUUAUCAAGAAAUGAAAACAUCUUAA